CGUCGCGGUCGGAAGUCGCAAGCUACAGUUCUCUAAGUUUCGGUUUAACUGUUGGACUGCUGUACAGCAGCACACUUUGGAGUGUGAGUGAAAGUGAAAAAGUGAAAAUCAAGGUUACUGUACAUGCAGGCAGUUUCUGUCGAGUCUGGUUUAUUAUCACCCACUGAAGUUGUCGCUCCUGGAAGGAGAGAACCGGAAGCGUUGUCUAAUUUGUCCCUGUUUGCCAACCGGCCAGUGGGGAGUUGUCACUGGACAGAAGCGUCCCAUCCGCAUAAUCCUCGUUUGAGUCCAAUGUACGUGUAAGCGGGAAAUGAUCCAGGUGUAAUCCGGUCCAUUCAAUGUGUUUCGUCGUACGAAACCUGACAUACCGUAGCAGUAACAUAUACGUGCGUGAGCUAUUGUAGCUCUUCUCUACGGGGAUUGCAAUAUUCCAUUAAAAAAAAAAUACUCAGAGCUGGAACUCAAUCACUAGUGGAAAUCACUCUGACUCUGCCGGAUAGAAGAGAGUGAGAUCGUUGUAGCAAGUCCUCCUGUUUCGGUUGCUCAGCGUGCAGCGUGCGUGCUCGAGAAAGCAUACGAGCAAACCGACCCGCAUUUUGCGACCAGAACGGAAUCAGUGCUCGCCGGGAUCGCAGUGAGUUUGGUUUGGUUUGGUGUAAGGUCUAUCCAAGUAAAUCACCGCCGGAGUGUGGAAGAGAAGUGUGCGCACCUCCAUUCUGAAAGCCAGCUACAAGUAUGUACAGUCCACCUACCGACGACACAUAGGAAAACCGUGACAAAGUGAGAUGUUAAAUGUGUAAUUUAUCGCUAUAGUCGAAAUUCUUAUUAAAUUGAAAAUUGAUGUAGAGAAGAGAGGAAGUGAACGGUGAACAGCUUGUAAACGUGUUUUAUUACAAUUGUCUACGUGUGUAGGUCAAAUCCGGUGCCUGGCCGUCAAUGAAAACGAACAUUUCGGUAAAAGCAGUUAAACUAGCAAACCGAGCGCUGAUAAUUGGAUUUUUUUUUGUGAAAAUUUUAGUGAAAUAACGGCGAUUAAGCAAAACUGUUUAACCGCAACAGUUCUCAGCGCCGGUUGGCGUUAGUGAAAUGUGAAAAUUGGCAGCUGCGAAUAGAAGUCUCGAAACUGACCGUGGCGAGAAUUUGAUAACGUUAUACUAUCAGGAAUUGAAAUCCGGUCAGCAUUGUGCACGAAACACGCCAAGUGGAAAGGACGAACAACAACAGAUGCCUGCUCGUGAUCCGAGAUACAAGUUUUCUCUUUUGGCGUGGGAAUACAUACCGCCCGUCGGUGUAGAUUUUCGUUUUUCGGAUUUCAUCCAGUGUACACAAAAAAACACGUGCCAACCAUCACCAGCUGACACAUAUAGGGGACCAGGAUUAGGUAAAGCUCAAGAUGGAAAACUUUUUCCCUCCGCUUGAGUCAUCAUCGUUUCUAGUACUGAAGCGGCCUGAAUCGAACCGAAAGGGCACCAAGUUUUGAACAACUUUUAGCGAAUUGCAGGCGAGGUCGGAAGUGCCAUUACUGUAGUGUUUCCAUGUUCCAUCAGCUGCAUAUACACAACACACAGAUCAGAGGAGGUUAUUCGUGAGUGAAAAAUUUAUUGAAUCGGAAAAUCUAUCUCUCUUCCUAGAGUGUGUACGUAGUGCUAGUGUGUACAAAAGUGCCCGAAGCGAAACGCGCAAGUGAGUGGGCAAUUUAUUUUCGCAGCAUCAUCGCCACGCGACGCUCGUAAGACCCUGUUCUCGAUUCGUCUCCUAAUCGGGACGAAAGUUGUUUGAUGUACACAAGUGAAGAAACCAAACGAGUGAAGUUUUCGUUAAGUUCCUGAGAACGAGAAGCAGACUCAAGCUUUGACAUCGACUAGUAGCGCCAAAGUCGCCGUAGCAAGAGUACACAACGAUGGCAGCUAACGUUUUCAAGUGGGAAAAACUAUCGCCAAGUGAAUUUCAGCAGCUGCAGGAUCUUGCAUCGUACUCCACGAAAAAGCUGCAGAAUGUGCUGCAGGAGUUUUGCUCGCCCAGCACUCCAUCAGCGUCACGCUUUCAGCCGGAUGGGGAUGUUGACUACGAAGGGUUUCGUCGCUUCCUGGACGCGUUCCUUGAUUGCGAAACGCCGGAGGAGCUUUCCCAGCAUUUGUUCAUAUCAUUCCUGAAGCCUGCUCUGUACCAGGCACAGCAAAUCCAUGGAAAGGCGCUUAGCCAAAUGGCCGCUAUCAGUAGCAACGCAGCUUGUGCUCCGGUGACGUCUCAUAAUCGGGGGUCUAUCCCCAACCUGAACAACGUCAUUGAUCUGCCAACACCGCAGCCUUCGCAGGAAUCACAGCGUAACAGUUUUGUGGAGCGGAUACAUGGCAUCACGGACAAACUUCAAUCGCUCGGUCACCUGGGACAUGAAAGCAGCGACCGGCAGGGCAAAAGUGGCACGGUUCACCCGAUGCUGACGGUGACACCAAGCCCGAUGGGAGGUAACACGUCAAUCCUGCAAGCUCCCUUCCGGCGGUCGGCGGACUCAAGCCCGUCGCACAGUCACAGCCACAGCCAUUCGCAGAUUUCGCGAAAUUCAUCACGUAAAAGCAACAAUUCAGUCAACUGUCGAAUAGAAGAUAUUCGCUUGCUUCCACGAAAGCAAUCAUAUCUCGAUCCGUUGCUUUUCAAGGUGCCACUAAAGGAUGUCGUAUGUUAUCUAUCGUUGCUGGAAGCUGGACGGCCGGAAGAUAAAUUGGAAUUUAUGUUUCGGCUGUAUGAUACCGACGGAAAUGGCGUUCUGGACACCACCGAAACGGAUGCCAUCGUAAAUCAAAUGAUGUCCGUCGCAGAGUAUCUCGGCUGGGAUGUAUCCGAACUGAGACCGAUCCUGCAAGAUAUGAUGACGGAAAUCGACUACGACGGUGACGGGUGCGUUUCGCUGGAUGAAUGGCAACGAGGAGGACUAACCACUAUUCCGUUGCUGGUGCUACUCGGUGUCGACAAUACGCUGAAGGAGGAUGGUUACCACGUGUGGCGUCUGAAACACUUUAGCAAGCCAGCUUACUGCAAUAUGUGCCUCAACAUGCUGGUGGGUCUCGGCAAGAAGGGCCUCUGCUGUGUGCUGUGCAAAUACACGGUUCACGAGCGGUGCGUCCAGCGGGCUCCAGCUUCCUGCAUUGCCACCUACGUCAAGUCGAAAAAAUCGAAAACCACUUCAACCUUUCAGCAUCACUGGGUCGAAGGCAACUGCUACGGUCGGUGUUCCAAAUGUCGGAAACGAAUCAAAGCUUAUAACGGCAUUACUGGAUUAACUUGUCGCUGGUGCCGCAUGAUGCUUCACAACAAAUGUGCAUCCCUGGUGAAGGCGGAAUGCAGUCUGGGCGAGUUUGCCAACGUGGUACUUCCGCCCACUGCCAUCUGUCCGGCCGUGUUGGAUCGACAGAAGUCAAUCAAUUUCACCACCAGCCGGGGGAAGAGCAUACCAUCAACGAUACACUUUCAAAUCACAGCCACCGCAAACACCUGCCCUCUGUUGGUGUUCAUCAAUCCGAAAAGUGGAGGCCGACAGGGAGACCGAAUCCUGCGAAAAUUCCAGUACCUGCUAAAUCCGCGACAAGUGUACGACCUGUCGAAAGGUGGCCCCCUAGAGGGUCUCACGAUGUUUAAAGAUGUUCCGAAUUUUAAGGUGAUAUGCUGCGGUGGCGAUGGAACGGUCGGUUGGGUGCUCGAGGCGAUGGAUUCGAUUGAGCUGCAGUGCCAACCGUCCAUCGGGGUCAUACCGCUAGGAACGGGGAAUGAUCUUGCCCGAUGCCUCCGGUGGGGUGGAGGAUACGAGGGCGAAAGUAUUCCCAAAAUCUUAGAUAAAAUCCAGCGGUCUACGGUGGUAAUGCUGGACCGGUGGAGCAUCGAGGUUAAAAAUUAUCCCAUCACCAACGAAGAACCUCCGUUGAUACCUACCCAUGAGGUACUACAGGUUACGCUAUCGGAGAACGUGCAAAAAGUGAUAGAACUGUCGCGAAGGAUAAUUGAGGAGAAAUCUGUGAUUCAAUCGUAUGAUGAAUUUAAAAAUAGUACAAAAACUUCCGAGAUAUCGAUAGAGAACACAAAACGUGUCAUUCUAAGUGACAAUAAUAACACCUCGGUACACCAGCAAUCGACGAUGACAGCGAUGACGUCGUCAUCAUCAUCGUCCUCGUUCGUGAAAGAAAUUAUUCAGCAAACAACCACUGCUCCCAUCACCACCAGCAACGGGGACACGGUCGUAGAAACGCCGGCACCGCACUCGAAAAUGAUUGUUAAUGGCUACAGUAGUUCCGAGUGUCACACGGAAGCCAUCAGUAGCAGUGGCAAUGGUGACAGCGACGACCAACACCGCCAACCACUUCCGGUCGGAUCCACCGCUGUAACGGCGAACGGCGACAGCCAAGGCGGCGGGAACGAUGAAGAUGACACCGAUGAUAAGGCACGUGCUGAUGGGCUGGCGGCGGAGGAAAAACCUCAACUGCCACCGCCAGCGUCGGCGAUCAACGCCAAGGAGCGAAAUAUUGACCUGCCCAAGCUGAUCAAACCGCAGGCAGCUUCGGAAUUCACCGUACCGUACAACAUUAUCAACAAUUACUUCUCCGUGGGUGUGGACGCAGCGAUCUGUGUGAAGUUUCAUUUGGAACGGGAGAAAAAUCCGCACAAAUUCAACAGUCGCAUGAAGAACAAGCUGUGGUAUUUCGAAUACGCCACAUCGGAAACGUUUGCGGCAUCAUGUAAAAAUUUGCACGAAAAUUUGGAAAUUGUGUGCGACGGUGUUUCGUUGGAACUGGCAAACGGACCCCAGCUGCAGGGCAUUGCACUGCUCAACAUCCCGUACACUCACGGGGGAUCAAAUCUGUGGGGCGAACACUUGUCCCAGAAACGGAUGCGAAAAGGUCCCUUUCGGAAGAAACUGAAAACUUCGGACAAAGAACUAUCGGCCAACAGUUUCAAUUCGGUCGAUCUUUCUAUUGCAAUUCAAGAUAUUGGAGAUCAUCGAAUUGAGGUGAUUGGUUUGGAAAACUGCCUUCACAUGGGCCAGGUCCGAACAGGGCUGAGGGCUUCCGGUAGACGACUGGCACAGUGUAGUGAGGUUGUGAUAACCACCAAAAAGACGUUUCCAAUGCAAAUAGAUGGAGAACCAUGGAUGCAAGUUCCUUGUACGAUUCGAUUAACCCACAAGAACCAAGUUCCAAUGCUGAUGGCUCCACGUUCCGAAAAGAGUGGCGGAUUCUUUAAUUUUCUGAAGAGAUGACUAACAAAGAGGCCCGACUUAAAUACUCCGGCGAACGAAGCCUAGCAGAGUCUAUCCGACGCGUAAAAAACGUCGUAUCAACCCUCGCGUACUUCUAGCGCUUCGUUGCAGUGUGCGUAAAAUACCAACACAAUUAAGCAGAAUAUCGACAAGUGACAACACUAGCUUUAACCGGGAACCAAAACCAAAAAUACAGAUCAAAGUAUAGUGAAUCUUUAGCUAAAAAACAAGUAGACGGCAAGUUUCAUCUGGAAUUAAUCCAAACCAUAUUUCCAGAUGGUCUAGGCUCAGAAUCUACUUUUUAUUUUAUACGAAGGAUUAGAAAACAACUGUAACAUAUUUAACUAUAUACAAGGUAAGACACACGAUUUCGUAUCGAAAUUCGACUAUGAUAGAACUAGGAAGUGGUUUUUGCUCCAAAAACAAUAUUUCUCCCACCCUCCCCACCAAACCACACAAACCAAUUAGUCCCACAGUGCAUCACCAAAGAUUAGCAACAAGAACUGAUCCUAUAUUUACGACACAGGUCUCCCAAACUUGCUUAUCGAUUAGAACAACAUAUAAAUAUAACUAAUCAAUGUAACAACAACAAAAAAACAGUUUGGUGAUUAUCUAAGUUUAAUUUCUGUUGAUCGAAACUGCAAGCGAAAGUCGGGCCAAAAGAUGCAAAAGAUGUGUAUAUUUACAUUAACGUAUAGUUGAAACUUACGCCCAAGUUGUUACCAUUAUGUUUCGAUACAGUCCGUAUCUGUUGAAUUGUGAUUAUAGACCGGAUAUUAUUAUUAAUAUUAUUGCUGUUGCAUACUAUAAUCCUAUAUCUUUAUAAGCAGGUUAGUCAGUGGCCGUACUCUAAUGGUAUCAAAGACUCACUGAAAAGUGAUCGAAUGCUCGGUUUAUGUGCUUUAACGUGUAAUCAUUAAGUAGUGUGGCGGUACUGCCACGUAUCUUAAAAUUUUCACACAAUCUCGAAGUAGAAUUAACACUUCGGAUGCGAUACUUUUUUGGAGUUUUGAUAUAGAAUCGUUUUUUUUUUUCCUUAUUCUACGGACAAACUUACGAUAGACAGAGAAGAGCAAGGCAUUCCAUGGCAAAUUGUGAAGAAGCGUGAGGUUUAGCUGAAAAUAUUUCGUUCGUUUUGAUAAGCAUUCUGGGUUACAACAAAAUCUCCCAGAUGGACUCGAGGUACGAUGCUGGCCUAACAAGCCAGUCGUCGUAGGUUCGAGUCUCGGCUCGGGAGAGACUGUUUGUGUCAGUAGGAUCGUAGCGUUAGCCCCGCAAUUGUCCUGUACACUAAACAGUUGGCUGCGAAGUCUGUGUAUAACAAACAGAAGGUCAAGUUCCGAAUCGGAAUGUUGCACCAAGGCUUUGCUUUGCAAAUUUGUUGAAAAAUAAUCAUUUUUUCCCUCUUUUAUGUGAUUGCAUCGUAAAAGUUCACAAUUCCAAGCCAAGAACGAAUUCACAAUUGAAUAGAAAAUGCACGAAUUCUGCGAAAUUGCGAAUGCGAAAUUUUUCUUCGCAUGAUUUAUUUGAUAUGGAAUAACGUCUUACGGCAACAUAGAGGUGCAAAUUGAAAACCCUAAACAGUGUGCGCUGGUCUUUAGUUCUAAGUUUAUUCGUAUUUGACUUUUUUUUCGGGAGGGAAUUAUAUUAGGGGCCAUCCA